CUCUGUGUUUCUAACAUUUUUGAUGAGUCAUGAUUUCCUUUGGACUGGAUCUCAUAUUUCUGACUGCAGAUCUUUGCUCAGAUCAGUCCGCUGGUCGGUGGGUAGCAGGAGCACCUUCUGGAUAAUCACAUUUGAAAAAUUCCAGGGAUAAAUUGAGAAGAUGAGGUUUUGUUUUUUCUUCUAUGGUUUUUGCCUGAUUGUCUCCAUGAGCUAUGCUCAGCUGCCUGGUCUGCCUGGUCCUAAAGGGGAGAGAGGACUACCAGGAUUUCCAGGCGCGAGAGGGCCACUGGGACCUCCCGGUCUACCUGGAACAUGUAGACCAGAUAUCUUCGGUUCCCUCGAACAGGAUGUUCAAAAACUGGAGAAGAUCACCACAAAGCUGGACCUUGCUGUUAGCUUUGACUUUGUGAGGAAGAUAGAUCAGAGAUACUUUGUGUCCAACAAGGAGAGAGGAUCGUUCCUGACGGCCGUGGAGUUCUGCUCCCAACAUGGCUUAGAAGUGGCUCUGCCCCAGAGUGAGGAGGAGAACCGGAAACUGAUUCAGCUGCUUGGUGAAGCUGAUAAAAGAGCCUGGAUCAACAUCAACAGUCAGAAAGCAGAGGGGAACUUCCAGGCUGACAUGAAAAAUCAAGCCCUGAAUUUUACCAAAUGGGGAGAAAGUCAGCCGGAUCCAACCGUUCAGGAUACUGGCUGCAGCGUGGUCACUGAGAACGGCACCUGGAGACUGACCAAAGACUGCUCUCUGGACGCUUACAUCAUCUGUCAGAUAUAGAAAUCUCUGCUUUCUGUCAGCAUUAGCUUUUUUUUUUUUUGAUAACAUAACCAUUAUAACCUUAUAUACCUUCUAAAGUAAGCAAAAUCCCUUCAAGGGAUUGCAAAGUGUCUAAGGCUAUGGAUGCCCAAUGGGUCUUGUUUUUACAUAACUCUUGUACAAAUAAACUAAGCAGAAUAUAAAUCAA